GAAGAAGAAGAAUUUCAAAACCACACGUUAAAAAAACUGCAAUAUGGCGAAACGUUUAACUUGUUUCCCGUGUCAUCGUGACGUCGGAAGUUUAAAGUUUCACGAAACCUCGUUCGAUCUUCUCAAGGAUUUGUUAAUUUAUUUAAACAAAAUUAACAAGGAUAACCUAGAUGGUUUAUCGAAAUAUAGUGGAAGCUUUAAACAGAAAAGACUCGUUGAAUACAUCAUCUUAAUUACUCAAGAACUGAGACUUGAUCCAACAGUGGGAUACCAUGCAGUUGAACUGCUGCAGAGGUUUAUGGUUAAGCACCUUACAGAUAUGCUUGCCACAAUCCCAAGUCAAGGUGCACAUGCUGAUGAGGCAACAAGUUACGAGGAUGUGAUUUUUGACAAUCUCAAGGAUAAAUUCCCUCUGAUCCUCUUCUCUUGCGUGCAGCUUGCAAACAAACUGUUUUUGCAUCGUCAUAUGAUUGACACCUCCACUGCUGUACAGUUCCUGCAUUCUCUUGGCCUCAGUGUUUCCAAACAGACCCUUCUGGAAUCAGAGCUGAUGGUCUUUAAAGGCCUUGAAUACAGACUCAAUGUUCUUAAUCCUCUGAUGUAUGUGGAAGUUAUUUUGGAGGUCCUCGGGCACAAUGAGCCGUCUAUCCCUGUAGAGCGCCUUUAUCGCAUCUGCCAUCAUGCUCUCCAGUUCAUCACCCUGGACCAGACUGCCAUCUAUGAAUCCUUGUUAAGAAUCACCAUUCAGUGUGUCAGCCCAACCAGGGAACAGAGGGAGAAGUUUGUGACAGUGACUGAAGACAGAAUGCUUCUUGGAGCUGGUGUCAUUGCAGUUGCCACGUACAUCCUCUGUUUCAAAAAAUGGCAACAGGUAGUCUGUGAACUGAGCCACAUCACAGGAAUCUCCAGAAGAAGCAUCAAUGAUUUUGCUCACGUGACAUUGAUGCACAUUGUUGGUACCAGUUCUUCUGCAAUGUAAACCAGAAAAAAAACACUGGGUACUUGUUUUGUUUGAAGUUCAGUUUAUUUAUGUAGAUGGAAAAUGUCUGACAGACACAUUUUAAAAAACCUUCAGCAGAAAAUUUAAAAAAAGAAAAGCUGUGUUCUAGGAAUCUAAUGUUUUGGGUUAACAGCACUUCACAUUCUGUAAAUAUAACAUUUAUUGCACUAUUUGGAAAAAUGGACAAGAUUGCCAAAUUUAUUUUGUCAUUCUUUGUUGACAUAUUAAACAUUAAAUCCCA